UCUCCUCUGCAACAAGCCGCCCAUCUGCCAUCAACAAGUUAAGACCGAGAGAACUAAUGGCUGCAAAAAGGAGAGGCUGAAGCUUUGAUUAACCAGCUGAGCAGUUAGAGGAGGACGAAAUUAAUAACUUAUAUUCAAAACUGAUUUAGGGGAUCAGAGUGGUUACAGAAAAUGAAACCAAUGCUUUCGAGAGGAAUAUCCUAAGGAAAAAACAACUCACCCUGGUGGAUUCAAUUUUACUCGGAAAGCCUGGGACACAGAAAACAGGAAACUGGUCAAAGGCUCCCGCAUGUUAGAGCCUUUUACAGACUCACUGCGUUGAGUCUGACAACCGAGACUGAAUGCAGCCUCCAAUGUGCUCAGAAGAAUGGGCUUACAUUUCAAGUGGCCAUUAGGGGCCCCUAUGCUGGCAGCAAUAUAUGCAAUGAGUAUGGUUUUAAAAAUGCUGCCUGCCCUGGGUAUGGCAUGUCCACCCAAAUGCCGCUGUGAGAAGCUGCUCUUCUACUGCGACUCUCAGGGCUUCCACUCAGUGCCAAACACCACAGACAAGGGCUCUCUGGGCCUGUCCCUGAGGCACAAUCACAUCACAGAGCUCGAAAGGGAUCAAUUUGCCAGCUUCAGUCAACUUACCUGGCUCCACUUAGACCAUAAUCAAAUAUCAACAGUAAAAGAAGAUGCUUUUCAAGGACUAUAUAAACUUAAGGAAUUAAUCUUAAGUUCCAACAAAAUAUCUUAUUUACCAAACACAACUUUUACCCAACUGAUUAACCUGCAAAAUUUGGACCUGUCUUUUAAUCAGCUGUCAUCUCUGCACCCAGAGCUCUUCUAUGGCCUCCGGAAGCUACAGACCUUGCAUUUACGGUCCAACUCCCUGCGGACUAUCCCAGUACGCCUGUUCUGGGACUGUCGUAGUCUGGAGUUUCUGGAUUUGAGCACAAACCGUUUGCGAAGUUUGGCUCGCAAUGGAUUUGCAGGAUUAAUCAAACUGAGAGAGCUUCACCUAGAGCACAACCAGCUGACGAAGAUUAAUUUUGCUCAUUUCCUACGGCUAAGCAGUCUGCACACGCUCUUCUUACAAUGGAACAAAAUUAGCAACUUGACAUGUGGGAUGGAGUGGACCUGGGGCACUUUAGAAAAGCUAGACCUGACUGGAAAUGAAAUAAAAGCCAUCGACCUGACAGUGUUUGAAACGAUGCCUAAUCUUAAAAUACUCCUCAUGGAUAACAACAAGUUAAACAGCCUUGAUUCCAAGAUCUUAAACUCCCUGAGAUCCCUCACAACCGUUGGCCUCUCUGGCAAUCUGUGGGAAUGCAGCCCUCGAAUAUGUGCUUUGGCCUCCUGGCUGGGCAGUUUCCAAGGUCGGUGGGAGCAUUCCAUCCUAUGCCACAGCCCCGACCACACCCAAGGAGAGGAUAUACUAGAUGCAGUCCACGGAUUUCAGCUCUGCUGGAAUUUAUCAACCACUGUCACCGCCAUGGCUACAACUUAUAAAGAUCCAACCACUGAAUAUACAAAAAGAAUAAGCUCAUCAAGUUACCAUGUGGGAGACAAAGAAAUCCCAACUACUGCGGGCAUAGCAGUUACUACUGAGGAACACUUUCCCGAACCAGACAAUGCCAUCUUCACUCAGCGGGUAAUUACAGGAACAAUGGCUUUAUUGUUUUCUUUCUUUUUUAUUAUUUUUAUAGUGUUCAUCUCCAGGAAGUGCUGCCCUCCCACUUUAAGAAGAAUUAGGCAGUGCUCAAUGAUUCAGAACCACAGGCAGCUCCGAUCCCAAACACGACUCCAUAUGUCAAACAUGUCAGACCAAGGACCAUAUAACGAAUAUGAACCCACCCAUGAAGGACCCUUCAUCAUCAUUAAUGGUUAUGGACAGUGCAAGUGUCAGCAGCUGCCAUACAAAGAAUGUGAAGUAUAAUAUCUACCCAUCAUCAAAAAUCACAUCAGAUAAGUAACCUAUUUUACAUAGUAGGGGCUAAAUACAUAUCUAAUUUUUACCAAUGGUGACAUUAAGGCUAAUUUUUCCAAACCAAGUGGAGACUUAGGUUUCUGACGUGUUGAAGUAUUUUUAAUUUUUUUUUUAAUGAAACCAUAUUUUAAGUGUUAAAUGAAGCGAUGCUCACAUUAAUGUGCACUCUUGUUGGAAAGUCUAAAAAUGCUUACUUCAAAAUAAGACAUCUCAUGUAUGUAAUUAUACACUAUCGUGGGUAAACAUUUACACUAAGGUCUCUAUAUGCUAUUUUUUUCUACUGAAAACAGUUUGGAAAGAAGCUACUGAGCAGAAAGAGAUAUGGAUCAAUACUUGUUUGCUCAUUGCUCUCUACCCCAAGUACCACAACUGGCUUGCUGCUUAAAAGGAGACUUAGCAAAGUUCUCUUGUAUGAUAAUUUGGUAUUUACUCAAACCUACUAUUUACUGCCAGCGUGGGGAGUAGAAUUUCACAUAUGCUGAAGACUGGUCAAUAUUAAACAUUCUUCUUCUAGAGUUUCUGCCUGGGUUAAUAGAUAUUAUCAAAGUCCAUAUCAUGAAAUCAGAACCCUUUAUGUAAUUCUAAUAAGCUGAGGGACUCUUUAAUAUAUUUAAACAAUGAAUCCAAGUGAUUGUGAAAAGGUCUCAUUACAAUGAAAUCAAUACUAAAUAAUUACACUGACUUCGUUUCAUAUCUCUAGUUUGACUUAUAAUGGACACGUUGAUUUUUGUGGCAUUUAGAUACUUACUUUAAACUAGUGUUAAAUUAUCACUUUACUAAUUAGUUUACUAAAUCCUAUAUAUACACUUAUAUGUGAAAAAAGAUUUAGAAAUUAUUUUGGAGAGAAAAGAGAUAAACUGAGUCAAUUUAGCAAUCCUAUGACCAGCUGCUCACUCUAGUUUGAAAGCACAUACACAAAUACACUCUCUCUCCCAGUCUCUUUCUCCCCCUGUCCUCCACCCCCCACCUCCAUCUCUCCCUCAACUGCCAUGAUCAAAGAUGCCUUGACAAAGGGGUUUAAACCUCUUUCUUCUGCCUCUUCCUGAUCUUCAAGCCUCAAAGAGCCAAAUUAAAAAUAACUGGUUAGCAACAGGCAUAAUACUGAUUCUUGUUAGCAUAUAUUUUAAAGGAACCUUGAAGAAAAUCGCUUUAUAAAUAUUAUAUGCUAAAUUUUGACCUUCUAAUGGAUACCGAUUCUUACUGUAAGAGCAGGUCCUUCUAAGUGAAGGGAACAACACAUAUCCGAGGCAAACCUUCUCAUGGCAGAACACGAUAUAUGCCUAUGCAGCCACACAGUGGUAACUCGAAGGAGGUGAGGGGAUGAAAGAGAAAGGCAGCAUUUUGAAAUAUGACUCUUGCUGAAA